CAUCCUGUCCCUACCUCACAUGUGUUUUACUUCUGUUGGUCCUUGCUUGUUUGCGAUCAGCUCGAAGAACUGAAGCAGAAGCAGAAGCUUGACAGGCAGAAAGAACUCGAGAAGAGGAGAAAGCUCGAUGCUAAGAGGAGUGCUGCUGCAAUCCAGGAACAAACUGAGGGAAAGGAAUCCUCUGGCAAGUCUGAAGCAAAGAAGACCAAGAAGGCGCUGGAUAAAAAUGCAAAGAAAUCAUUUCAUAGUGAGCUUGAGAAAGUGAUUGAGACCUCAGAUGUGGUUCUGGAGGUUUUAGAUGCAAGAGAUCCGAUGGGUUGUCGGUGUCCCCAGCUGGAGCAAGCCAUUACUUGCUCUGGAGGAGAAAAAAAGCUGUUGUUGGUUCUGAACAAAAUUGAUUUAGUGCCAAAAGAGAACUUAGAGAAGUGGUUGAAUUAUUUGAAGAAGGAAUUUCCAACAGUUGCCUUUAAAUCAGCGACGCUGCUGAAGGACAGGAAUAUGGAGACUUUGUCAAGAAGAAGGACACGUAUUGAUUUAUCAAGACACACUGAAAGUUUUGGAAGUGGGUGCCUUAUGAAACUUCUUCAGGAGUAUGGCAGGACUCAGAACAAAGCCAUUCAGGUUGGGUUAGUAGGUUUUCCUAAUGUGGGGAAGAGCAGCAUAAUCAAUAGUAUUAAGAAAGAUCGUGUUUGUGAUGUUGGGCCAGCCAGAGGUGUCACCAAGUCUAUGCAAGUUGUGCGUAUCGAUAAACAGAUGAGGAUUUUAGACAGUCCAAGCAUAGUUGCAGAUCCUACCAACAGUGCUGUGACUCUGGCCCUGAGAAGUAUCAUACACACUGGGGAAUUGUGCUCAGUGAACAUGAUUAAAGCAGUGGAUGCAAUUCUGAAUCACUGCAACAAGCAGCAGGUAAUGAUGUUCUACAGUAUCCCAGAUUUCAAGAACACUGAAGAGCUUUUAAGUUUACUUGCUCAGAAAAGGGGUAUGCUGAAAAAAGGAGGUGUUCCUGACAUAGAGAACACAGCUAAAUCACUGCUUUGUGACUGGACAGGAGCUAAGAUCAGCUACCACUCAGAACCGCCAGCAUCUCGGAUCGUGCCCCCAUACCUGACAGAAGACAAAAUAGCUGAAAUGCAGAGAGGCUUUAAUUUAAAGAAGCUGGAAGAAGGAAACAGUAGCACAGUUCAAGCUUUAAAGUACCCCAGUCCAGCAAGCAGCAUUGUUUUCCAAUCAGCUGGCAUGACUAAUGGGAAAAUAGUGAAAAAUAAGGUGGUGGAAGAAGAAGAAUCAGAGUGGGAGGAUUUGGAAACAAGCCACGAGGACGAGGAUUUCAUGGAGACUGAUGAUGAUCAAGAUAGUAUAGAAGAAGAAAAAGAAGAGAAUAAUGUCAAAGAGGAUGGCAGGACUCAGAUGACUGGGAAUGCUGAGCUUGGAAUGGGACAAACAGGACGUGCAGAUUCAGAAAAUGAGAUAGCAGAAAAUGAACUUGGCAACUCACUGCCACUCAGCUUAGACAAGACAGCAGGUGAAGAUGAUGCCUACGAUUUUAAUACAGACUAUAUGUAAUGAGAUGUGUGAAGAGAAGGCUUGGAGACUGUUCCUGCCUUUCAGAACAGACAGAGGCUUCUGUUACAGAAGGUGGAGGAAUGCCAUAUACCAUAGCUGCUGCCAAGACUCCAGUAACGCAUAUAAUACUGUUAUCUCUCAAUGGCUGCAGAUUUUGUACAGUUGUAGGAUGCUAAAAUCCUACACAUUAAUUCCUGUUUAAAAAUAAACAAUAUUUAAAAAAAUAUUA